AUGUACCAGAUCCUCACCCUCUGGCUCCCCCAGUCCUCUUCAGGGGUUCUGUCCCAUUUCUUCACACACCUGGAGAGCCUUCAGACCACCUUACGAAAGCUGUUCGUUUCGUUAGACUCAUGGUUGGAUGACCCAUGCUCAUACUGUGAACAGAGGGACCUGCAGUGUGGGCCAUGUCAAACCAAACAACUCCCCAAAGGCAGAGAAGGGAAGUGGCAGUGGGCCGCGCCCUGCUGCUGCGGGCACCUUCCACCAUCCCCUCCCGUUCUGUCUCCAGGAAUGACCCGCGUUCAGGAUGAUGCUACUCGAUGGCUGAGGUGUAGUCUAGGCACCAAACUGUCUUACGAGGAGCAUCUUACAACGCCCAUUCCCCAAACUGAGCACAUUCCCUUUGCUUUCUGUGUGACCUCUGGACCAUCCUCAGGCUGA